CAUCAUCAUCAUAAGUAAGGGUCAGCCUAGUAAAUAGCCGAACUGCCAUACCUACGGUAGUCGGUCAGUCAGUCAGUCGGUCAGCUGUCAGCUCACCAGACCUCACUCUUCUUUUCACAACUACUCUCCUAUCUCACCCUAUUCCAGGUUAUUCUCUUUUCAUCUCGUACCUGUCACAUGUACAAGUCAUUCUGAGGGACAAUCGACUUCAGAAUGGACUCCGAGCCGUCCAUCGUGGCCAAGCUAGAUGCCUUCGCGGCGGCGCUACUGGCCGACUGGAACAUCACCACCACUUGCAUCGCCGGAGGUAUCGUCGCCUUCCUGAUCUAUUCUUUCGUCACAUCGCAAGAUUCAGAUAUACAUCCUUUCCUUCUCGCACGGCAAUCGAGCGCAUUCCCUGUCCGUCAACCAGGCCAAUCGGCCCCGUACAGAAGUCUGGAGACUCCGCAUGGCUUCCCUCUGCGCACCGGACUCAACGUGAAGGACCCUGGAACUCCCAAGUGGACCAGUGGCCGGAAAGGUGACUUGCGUGAUAUCUGGAAGACCGCUGUUCGCGGAUCGGUGGAAGAGAACGGAGCGGUGACUGGCAAGCAGGGCAAGAUCUUUACCGUGCUUGGAAAGAAGGCGAUCGAGCACACCCUGGAGCAAGUUACCCAAGAGAUCAAUGUUAUUGGAACCCGUCUACAAUCUUCCAAGGUCAAGACCGUGGCAGUCUGUUUGACGGACUCGGUCGAGCUUCUAGCUGCUAUCUUCGCUGGGGCUUUCUAUGAAUUUAAGAUCACCAUCAUUCCUCACAACUUGCAACCGGCAUCUCUGUCAGCGCUGUUACAAAAAUCGCAGGCGGACGCGUUGAUCGCCGAAGCUGGUUCCCUCGACUUGUCACUUGUUGCCAAGGAUAACGAACAGCUAUCGCAAGUCAUCUGGGUUGCGAAACUCGGAAGCAGGCACAUGGACUGGAACGAUGUGCCUCAGGAUGUGAAGGGUACUUUGGAAGUCAAGGUGUGGCACGAGCUGGUGGAAGAAAAGAAAGAGCUGGCAUCGCUUGAAGUACCCAAUUAUGAUCCAAGCACUCCAACACCUUCGGUGACUACUGUUUGGCCAUCCAAGUCGUCUGAAGGCGACUUUGUCGAGUAUCAAUCGGAGAAUCUGGCAUCAGGCAUCGCCGGCUUGUUGUACUCUUUGCCCCGCCAGCAGCGUUUCAGCCCCGGUGACCUUGUGCUGUCAAUCGACUCCCUCUCACGAUCGUAUCCCCUGUGCCAGAUCAUGGCUGCACUGUUUGCCAAUGCAUCCGUCGCUAUCAAUUCGGUUGCCGGCGAGAGCGUGGACUUUGCUCUUGCGACGGUAGGUGUGUCUCCAACAGUCAUCGUUGCCUCUUCUCGCACCAUGUCGGAUUACCACACCAAGUUCAUGAAGCCUCACUCCGGACCCGUGUCUUCACUGGCACGUUGGAUCCAGGUGCGAAGCCUGGAUGCUGGAUACAUGCCAUCGCACGGAUUCCUGAGCCAGCUUGCCAAUGUUGGGCCCACAGCCGAGCUAUCCCUCGACAGACUCCGUCUUUUAUGCAUCUCCCACCGGUUUGACGCCGAUCCCGAGGUGCGCCUUGACUUCGAGCAAUUGACAGACCUCCGCCUCUUCACCGGCGCGCGUAUCGUGUAUGCAUUGACUGGACCCGGCAUUGCCGGUGCUGUGUCGCAGACCAAUGUCUUCGAUUACAGACGCUUCAAUGGCCCCAGCCACUUCGGUGCCCCACUGAGCAGCGUCGAGCUUGUGCUGACGGGUGUGUCGGAAAAUUCUGAGAAGGAAGAGGGUCAGAUCACUGUAACUGGCCCCUCUGUCGUUUCGGGCAAGACGGUGCUACCGGUGCAAGCUCGCUUGCGUGAUGACAACACCUUGGAGCUCUGUGCCUGAGAUUCCUGUUGAGCGUUCUUGCAUCAUGCAUGGGAAAUCUGACUCUUUUUCCAUUGUAUUGCCCACUUGUCCAUCAGUAUCUCGUUUCGGUCCUGCUCGGGGUUGGGGGAGUGGGGGGAAGGGUUCACAGAAUGACUUUUGCACAGCAUCUUGAUGAAAGUGUUUGAAUUUAUGAGUGUAGUUUCAUCACUUGAAUUCCGGGUGUCAAUGACAUGAAGAAAAGGAUAUGCAUCUAUUUUCGAAUACAAGAUAUAGCUCCGAGCAAAUUCUGAGAAAAAUCAUGGUAAUGUACAAAAAGGAAUCGGGAAUGAA